AUGUCUGCGCCCCUCAUAAGCCAGGGAGAGGUGGAAUGGAUCACCACCGGCGUGGCAUGCAACUGCAGAAACGAUGGCAGGCAGCGGGAGGACUUUAGACCGCUCAGCGUGAAGCUGGGCGAGCUAGCGCAGGCCACCGGCUCUGCAAGGGUGCAGCUGGGCGAGACGGACGUUAUAGUAGGCGUCAAGGCUGAGAUAGGCAGCCCGGAUCUAGACCGGCCAGACUGCGGGCGGCUGAACUUUGCGGUGGAGUGCUCGCCAGUGGCCAGCCCCGCCUUUCGGGGCCGCGGCGGCGACGAGCUGGCUGGGGAGCUGUCUCGGGCGCUGGAGCGCAGCAUGUACCCUGGGCCCUCAGGCCGGGGUGGAGGCGUGGACCUCUCCCUGCUCAGCAUCGUGUCGGGCAAGACGUGCUGGGUGCUGUAUGUGGACGCGCUGCUGCUCAACAUCGGCGGCAACCUGCACGACGCGGUCAGCGUGGCGGCCAAGGCCGCGCUGGCAGAUGCCAAGAUUCCAAAGGUGGAGGUGCAGCCGGGGGAGGACCCCACAGAUGAGCCAGACUAUGAGGUGGAUGAUGACCCGUCAGAGGCGAUGCGGCUGGACGUCGGUGGCAUGCCCAUCUGCGUCACGGUGUCGCAGAUUGGCGGGCACUGUGUGGUGGACCUGACGGCUGAGGAGGAGCUGUGCAGCUCAGCAGCGCUGCAGGUAGCGGUGGACGCCACCGGCAACGUGUGCGGCACCACCAAGCGGCGGCGGGGAGGAAUAGAGGCCAGCCAGGCGCUGGAGAUGGUGGAGGCGGCGCAGCGGGCGGCGGCCAAGCUGCACGCGGCGCUGAACGAGGCGCUGGGGGCGCAGCAGGCGCAGCAGAUGGCGGUGGGCUAG